AUGUCAAGGCUGAGCAACUCAGGAAGUAGAUGUCACUGUGGUUUGUUGCUGUCUAAGAGCAGGGCUUGGACAAAAGAUAACCCUGGUAGAAGGUUCCUUGCUUGCCUUGACUAUGAUUCAGACUCUAAAAGGAGGGGCUACAAAUAUUCUAAGUGGGUGGACAUGGAAGACCCCAAUGUUAUUGACAUUAUAAUGGGGCUUAUGCAAGAGAAGCAGGAACUCAAGAAUGAAGUUAUGUCUAUGUGGAAGGAAUUGAAGAAAGCAAACCAGUAUGCUAGGAAGAUUGAAAAUAGACCAGCAUCCCCUGCUAACCCUUGUUCCAUUUUACGUGCAUCGGUGUUGUUUGAAUUUUAA